GGUUGACGUAUGUACGGUGGCCUGAUGGUUCAGAUGGCUUUGAUCACUGCACAUUCUCCAUCUCGCCGUCUCCUUUUCACUUCUUGCUCUCAAUGGCGAAGCUGAAGGACCUGGAAGCGGGCGAUGUGUCUUCGAAAGUGGACACUUCGCUCUGGCGUCGCGCUGGACUCUUCCUACUGUACUGCGUCGUGAUAGUGUCCAUCUCGAGUCUGCUGAUGUCCACAACGGUUACCCAUCCGUCUCUCUUCCACGCUCGCGGUGCCAAGUUCGACCGCAGCGUUCCGCGAGACAAGGCCAUCGUUCUCUGUAUGCACGACGGUGUUGUUCCCAUGGGAUUGUCGCUAGUACGGGAGCUUCGCUGUCUAGGUAACCAGGAGCUCAUCCAAGUGUACCAUUGCUUCCAGGACGAACUGUCCGUCAAGACUAGGGAGCAGCUAUUCGCUGCGGACUCGCGACUGGAGAUCGUCGACGUGUGCUCGGAUCUUGUCGAGAGCGGCGCAUUGGACGAGGAGACAGCCCGACACUUCCGCAGUUGGUGGAUCAAACCUUUGGCUCUGUACCACUCGAACGUGCCCGAGGUGAUGCUACUGGAUGUAGACGACCUGUUCAUGCAUGAUCCCGCGGUAUUAAGGACCACAGAAGGUUACAAACGCACGGGUACUACCUUCUUCUACGACCGCGUGCUCCCGAGCGACCACUUUUUCAACCAUAAAAACGAGAACAACGUCUCGUACCUGGAGAGCGUGUUGCAUACAUUCGACUAUACCAGUAUUGGCGUGAGAGAAGGAUACGAACCGAGUGAGCAUUUGAAGCAGUCUUUUGCCUACAGAGGUGAGACAGCGCAUGAACAGGAUUCGUCGCUGGUUCUCGUGGAUAAAUCACGAGCUGGACAGGCGAUGGAAGCACUUUGGUGGCUUAUUACUAAGGAGAGGUUCGAGAAUUCCUUUUCGUACGGUGACAAGGAGGCGUUCUGGCUGUCGUUUGAGCUCUCCAAGCAGGAAUAUUUCUUCUCUCCAUGGGGUGUCAGCGUCGUGGACUCAUCGACGGAUAAAGACUUGGAACGCCAUAACGACUCCCUCUGUGGCAGUAUCGCGCAUUACAUGCCGAUAGAGGACGAAGAACCAGAGUUCCUGUACGUUAACGGGAAGGCACUACUGGAUCCGUUUGCGGAGGGACUGACAAGCCAUCACACAGCCACGACCAACGUGCUGUACAACACCAAUCCCACUCAUAUCACUCCUCGCCAAAAGCGUUCUCCGAAUCGCGAGACCAAGUCUGGAUUUACAGGGGGAUGGCCGAACGAAUGUCUGCGUGGAUUUGGUGCCGUUCCACUCCCAGACAACUUCGCACCGCAACUUCUUCGCCGACGCAUGUUCUACAUGGGCACGCGGAUGGAUGUACCUGGAGCGCUACAAGCGUGCUAUCCGUUCAAUGGGUAAACAUGUCGACAAUUCGAGGAAAGAGUAGCGAAGUAAUAGAAACGCAUAUUUACAAUUAUUGUGCACUGGAAGCAAACAUCAGUAGUGCCUCACCUUGCGGAUUCACGCCAGCAUAAGUACAGAAAUUUGAACGAAGAUGUUCGGAGACAGCUCCACAACCAGAGAUAAGAAAGACAAUUUACAGACAACAUUUACAAGAUAAAAAAGCACGGUAAAGAUAAUUAAUCUUGUAUGCUG